UGACAAAUAUUUUACUACCAAUUUGUAUAAAUAUGUUUUUGAUUUAUAAUAUUGAAAAACAAAAUUAAGUGAAAAAAUUUAUAUAGUGUGGAGCAAACCAUCAUGUGAAUGUAUUAAAAUAGUAUUUUAUUAGGAGAAAGUAUUUUUUUUAUAAUGUAUGUUGCAUUCAGAUGGUUGUGGGGAUUGUGCUUUGCCAUGUGGCUGGGUCUUUGCUGUCUGGAUAUGUAUUUGACCCAGUAUAAGACUAGCAUAUAUCUAAGUACUGCCAUCACUCCUUAUAAGGUUUACAAAUAUAGCAACGAAUCUUUAUUAAAAGACGUAAAAAUGGAAAAAAUAACCCAAAACUGGCAUCUAAGAAAAAAGAAAAAGCACCAUCGGAUCGCCUAUCUACACUAUGUAACAUUUUUGGCUGGCGCAAUUGCUUUGUUCGUUUACAAUAAGAGAGCCUUGCUGGCCACAUACUGCAGAAGUAAGAUUAUUAUACCAUUACAUUUUUUCGAACUUCAAAACUGUUUAAAAAUAAUCGCCGAUUAUGUAAGUGUUGCCAUGCUCAAAUUAUGGAGAUUUCUAAAGGAAAAACUGCAAAAUUACCCAUGCAUCAUUGAGCAAUCUGAAAAUGGACAGAACACUAAUUUAUCAUUACUUAAAAGGAUGAAGGACCUUGUGCGUGAUCGUAAAGCUAUAGGGCAGAUUUUAAUGGCAGCCAUUGAAGAGAACAAGAAUAUCAGGCGACAAUGUCAGUUAGAAAUCAUUGCCAAAAAUCGGCUUCUACGUUACGUUAAAGAUACUCAAAAUGUAAUGAAGGAGAACAAAUCGCGCUACGUAGAUUUCCAGCAACUUUACAUGACAACAUCAAAAGAAAACUGUUUAAUGAAAAUGACUAUUAAAAAACUGCAGAAAGAAAAAAUGGAAGCAGAGAAAAAUCUAUUAGAGUUGAUAAAUAUCGUUUAUAGGUCGAGAAAUAACGAUCUAAAGGCCUAUUGCACAAGAUUUAUUGUGCACACGAAGAAAAACUUACUGAAUUCUGACGUCGGCGCUGAAAUACACAAGUUUUUGCAAAAAUCUAAGCCUGUGAUAACUGUAGUUGACGAAAAAUUGCACUUUUCAAACAACGAUCUUUUAACUCCUCGGGUAACUGAAAUUAUGGAUGACGAUGAUAAUUUUGCGAGUUAUGGGUCCACUGGACCCAAACUACGUGGUCUACCAGGCGAAUACGUCUGGACAGCUAAAAAUAAGGACGGCAUUAUUGAGAAGCUGUACGAGUAUGAAUGUGGUGCUCAUUCAGAUAAUGGUGAAACUAUACGGAGGAUACGAGAAUAUUCUGUAUUUCAUGAUAAAGAUAGUCUUGUUGAUCAGACGAGCUUGGCUGCUUCCAUCCCAACUUUCCCAAGCCUAAGUGCGAGUGCUACAAGGUUAAGGCUCGAUAUUAAAUCCUUCUCAAGCCAAGGAUUCCUAACGAAGAUCUUACUUAAAAGCGUUCCUUUACAAUUGCCGCCCAGCGCUGAAACACCUCCGUUACCCUAUAUGGCGAGUGUUUGUGAUUCGUAGACAAUUAACGAUUGUUUGGGUAGUUUGAAAAUAAAUUCGUUUGUAUUAAGAUUGUGUCAUUAAUUUUUAUCCCCGGACAUGUAUUGUGAAAUAAUAGAAUUAGGGAAAUAACAUAAUUUAUCCUGGUAACAUUAUAUCACGACGUUAAGACCGUUGACAGUCAAGUCGAUGUAAAAGUCAAAAUUAUUGACAACUGUAAUGCUUAUAUUAUUUCAAUAAAAUUCUUGAAAUUAAAGAAUUCAAGCUAAAUUCCAGAGGACAAAUGAACUCGUUAUCCGAAAUCGACACGACUUCAAUUAAAUGGAAAACAAUACGCAAAGAAGGGCUGGAUUUAGACUACGCUGUAGCUAUACCUAGAAGCAUUGCCAACAACAUCUUAAAGGAACUAGAAAAGACAUUGGAAUAUUUUAAAGGGGAUCUAGCAAAAAUAACCGUUUUUGGCAAAGAGUAUCCUUUGCCUAGACAGCAAGUGGCGUAUGGGGAUCCAGGAAUAUGUUAUAAAUAUUCUGGAAAAACUAUACCAGCGUUGCCGUGGCCAGCACCAGUUCUUGCUUUGCGAAAUUUCCUCGAGAGUAUAAAAGGGAUUAAGUACGAUUUUGUCCUAGUAAACAAGUACAGGAAUGGCAAUGACCAUAUGGGUGAACAUAGAGACAAUGAACCUGAAUUAGACCCCACGUACCCCAUCGCUUCCAUAUCGUUCGGUCAAGAACGACCUUUUGUUCUUAAACACAAAAAUGCGAGAAAACCUGGCCCAGAAAAAAAGCAGAUAGCUCCAGUUAAAAUUGACCUGGAACAUGGGAGUAUAUUGUUCAUGAAUCCGCCUACGAACGAUAUUUGGUACCAUUCAUUACCAACUAGAAAAAAGUUGCUAGGUGUUAGAAUUAACUUAACAUUUCGGAAAAUGCGUAUGAAAUAAAUAUCAUAACCAAUUC